CAACUCGGUCAGAGCGUGGACUUUGACGUCUGACAUGACGCUUGUCAUAGUAAUCUUCGCUAUGUCAAUGCUUAUGCUAUCGAGAUAGCGACUAUUCCCAAGUCGGAAGCCAGCGCGCGUUUGCGAACUUGCCUCUGGUCAUCAAUGGGCUAUGCAAGAGUGGUGCGAUCGCAUAUAAAGAGGUGUAGAGUCCCCUUUGGAUGGUAUUGUAUUCAUCAAGAUAUCAAUCGAUCUCAUACUAUUCUGUCAUCAAACUUACUUGACUUCGACUUUUCCAACACUCCGUCAUCUGCUCAACAUGCUAUCAUAUAGAAACGACGUCUUUAUUGCCGUCCUGAUCUUCUACAGCUGUACAGCUCUGUUCUCAACCACUCGACUCGUACAACAUGGUCUCCGAAAGACAGCUAGCGAGCGUCUCCUGCUCACGUUCAGCAUCGGCAGAAUACUUUGUGCUGCGUUUCAGCUAGCGACCAUCAGCUAUCCUAGGAACACAAGCGUCUGGGCAGGAUACGUCACGACCUUUUCAAUCUGCGUCUCAAUUCUUCUAUCGGCCUCUCUCGUGCUUCUUAAACGACUUGCCGAACGCGCAGGUAGCGACUUCCCCAAGGUUGCUGGCCGCGACUCGAUGAGAUUCUGCCAGCUACUGGUCAUGAUCGGCCUCAUACUCGGCGUCGCAGGCGGUAUCAGAGCGGACCAAAGUUGGGGUACUACUGGCUCGUAUAGUCCCGACAGUCUUCAGAAAGCCAGUAUCGUCAUCUUCAUCAUCUCCUGGGCCUUGGUAGUCUCCAUGGCUAUUCACAUACUCAGGAAGGCGCACAGUGCCUUGUUGAACUCCCAGAAAAUUGCAAUUGGCGUGUUCGCAAUCAGCUUACCGCUACUGGCUGUACGCAUCAUCUACUCUGCUAUUUCGAUCUUCGGCAACCCGAGAUCUUUCAGCUCGAUUUAUGGCGAUGUCACAAUCAUGCUUUGUAUGGCAUUGAUCGAGGAGGCUAUUGUUGUGAUUUUGUACGAGAUACUGGCCUUCAUCACGCUUGAAGUUGACGUUAGAGGACGUUCGGUAGACAGUGAAUUUGACUCGCUGUCAGCCACAGAAACUGGCACUAUUGCAGGCAAACAAUGAUUGAUGCUUGGAACGGAGCGUGGGGUGGUAUUGACAUAAGAAGAGAAUAACUAGACUUCCAUCUAAAUCCCGAUUGAAACAACG